CAGCCUCGAUGCCCGUCGGCCGUCGCGUUUCGUUGCUCCUCUGCCGCAUAUCAGAAGAAGGUUUACAUGGCAUUUUUUUUUCUUCUGCAAUUUUCUGCCCUAACGGUGCUGCAGGAGCAAGGUCAACGUAAUUGCAUCGCCACAUACCAGUAAUCUCCUACUGACCCACGUGCAGGUGCAGUCUUGCAGCACUCCCUCCGGUUUAAAGCCUUCUCCCUCUCUUCUCGUUCCCUCCACCGCCCAAGCCACGCUCACCUGCCUCGCGCGCCACCAGCUGCACCGAGCACCACCGGCUCGCCGCAGCGCGCGCCGUCUCGAAGGACAGGCGCAGCCAACCGGCGCCCACACAUGGCCUCGUCGCGGCACGCUCUACCGACGCUGCUCCUCUUCCUCCUCCUCGCGGCCGUGGCGGCGCUCGUCGUGGGGUCCGCGGCGGCGGGGGAGCUCACGCUCACCACGGCCCUCCACGCGCGCAUGGCGGCGGAGUGGGCGUGGUCGGCGGCGGGGGCGUCCGGCGACGACUCGUGCUGGGGCUCCCCGGACGAGUGCCCCGUCGUGUACGACCUGGACGCCGAGGGCGGCGCCGGCGCCAGCGGCGGCGCCGCGGCGAGGGCCCGGAUGCGGCUGCAGGAGGCGGCGUACUACGACGUGGACACCGCGGCGAGCCUGCUGCCGACGGCGCAGUUCAUCAGCUACGCCGCGCUGAUGCGGGACUCGGUGCCGUGCUCCAUCCCCGGCGCGUCCUACUACAACUGCCAGCCGGGCGCCGAGGCCAACCCAUACACGCGCGGCUGCUCCGAGAUUGCCCAGUGCCGCGGCUAGCUCCUCCGCCUCGCCGUCUUCUGCUGCCGUGGUCGUCGCUCUCCUUCUCUCCGGCCAUCUGCUUGAUGGCCUCAUUGUCUCCAGGGGAAGAAACUGGGAGAGAUUUAUUGUACCCCCUGCUGAUACGCUUAUUGUUACGCGGAUGGAAGAAACUGAUUAAAUGAGAUAGAUUGGAAGCUUCCCCCCCC